AUGGAGCAUUUCUAUCUCACCCUCCUCUUGGGUUUUGUCUCCUUCAUCUCUUUUUCUCUCUUUGCGCUCUUCUACCGCCACAGAGCUCAGUUCACCGAAAACAACCUCCCGCCUGGCAAAGUUGGCUACCCUGUGAUUGGUGAGAGCUAUGAGUUCUUGGCCUCAGGAUGGAAAGGGCACCCUGAGAAGUUCAUCUUUGACCGCAUGACCAAGUACUCAUCUGACGUCUUCAAGACCUCCAUCUUCGGCGAGAAGGCGGCCAUCUUCUGCGGCGCUGCCUGCAACAAGUUCUUGUUUUCCAAUGAAAACAAGCUUGUCACUGCAUGGUGGCCUAGCUCUGUCAACAAGGUCUUCCCUUCUUCCCAAGAGACUUCGGCCAAAGAGGAGGCCAAGAAGAUGAGAAAGAUGCUCCCCAACUUCAUGAAGCCUGAGGCUCUCCAACGAUACAUCGGGAUCAUGGACACUGUUGCCCAGAGGCACUUUGCUGAUGGUUGGGAAAACAGGAAGGAAGUUGAAGUCUUCCCCCUUGCCAAGAACUACACCUUUUGGCUUGCUGCACGGUUGUUUGUUAGCCUUGAGGACGCAACGGAGAUAGCAAGGCUAGGGGAUCCAUUCGCCUUGUUGGCCUCCGGGAUCAUAUCGAUGCCUCUGGACUUCCCCGGAACUCCGUUCUACAAAGCCAUCAAGGCGUCCAACUUCAUCAGAGAGGAGCUGACAAAGAUCAUCAAGCAGAGGAAGGUUGAUCUGGCUGAGGGCAAGGCGUCCCCAACACAAGACAUAUUGUCACAUAUGUUGUUGUGCGAUGAGCAUGGAAGUCACAUGAAGGAACACGAUAUUGCCGAUAAGAUUUUGGGGUUGUUGAUUGGUGGGCAUGACACGGCCAGCGCUACCUGCACUUUCAUUGUCAAGUAUCUUGCUGAGCUUCCUCAUAUUUACGAUGAGGUCUACAAGGAGCAAAUGGAGAUCCUGAGUUGCAAAGCCCCAGGGGAGUUGUUGAACUGGGAUGACCUACAGAAGAUGAAAUACUCAUGGAACGUAGCCCAAGAAGUGCUGAGAUUGGCACCACCUCUUCAAGGAGCUUUCAGGGAAGCCUUGGCUGACUUUGUCUUCAAUGGUUUCACCAUUCCAAAGGGCUGGAAGUUAUAUUGGAGCGCAAACUCAACACACAAGAACGCAGAUUACUUCCCGGAGCCAUUUAAAUUCGACCCAACAAGAUUCGAAGGAAAUGGGCCAGCACCCUAUACCUUUGUGCCCUUUGGAGGAGGCCCCAGGAUGUGCCCAGGCAAAGAGUAUGCCCGCCUGGAAAUUCUAGUGUUCAUGCACAACUUGGUCAAGAGGUUCAAGUGGGAGAAGAUUAUUCCCGAUGAGAAGAUCGUCGUUGACCCUCUCCCCAUGCCGGCCAAGGGCCUCCCCGUACGCCUUUUUCCUCACAAAAAGUCCGCUUAUUAUCAUUAUUUUUAA